AUGACUUUUGCUAUAAGCAGGGCCAGCUGCUUGCUCUUUCGCAUGAGCGAAAGUUCGAGAAACAGUUAUAAAAAUUUUAAACUUUCGAGGAUAUGCGCAGUCAAAUUUUCCGUUAAAACAAAUAUUUCCGAAGCGGAAGAAGAAUGCAAAAAAAUUUCACCUUGUGGGAACGGAAAAGUUUUCAAAUGUGUCGACGAAGUAAUUUGCGACAUGCCGGACGGUGCCAAACUAUUGGUUGGUGGAUUCGGAUUAUGUGGAAUUCCGGAGAACUUAAUAGCGGCUGUAUUGAGAAAAGGUGUAAAAGAUUUAACCGUCGUUUCGAACAAUGCAGGCGUUGAGGACUUUGGUCUAGGUUUGCUUCUGAAGGAAUACAGGAUAAAAAGAAUGAUAGCUUCUUAUGUGGGUGAAAACCCUGAAUUCGAGAAGCAGUACCUUAGUGGAAAGCUGGAAGUUGAGUUAACUCCUCAGGGCACGUUGGCUGAGCGUAUUCGUGCUGGAGGUGCUGGCAUACCAGCUUUUUAUACUCCUACAGCUUGUGGUACGCUGAUUCAGGAGGGUAAUGUUGUUGUGAAGUACGACAGUAUUGGGAAUCCAGAAAUAUCUGGGGAACCAAGGGAUAUAGCAGAGUUUGAUGGUAGACAUUAUGUUAUGGAGACCGCUAUCACUGGAGACUAUGCCCUCAUAAAAGCAUGGAAAGCAGACAAAGCAGGAAACUUAAUUUUUAGAAAAUCAGCUAGGAAUUUUAAUCCGGUAAUGUGCAAGGCGGCCACGAUCGCGAUUGCCGAGGUCGAAGAGAUUGUAGAAGUUGGCGAACUGGACCCCGAUCACGUUCAUUUGUCAGGAAUUUAUGUCGACAGAAUAGUUAAGGGUCCAUGUUAUGAAAAACGUGUGGAGAAAUGCCGCACAAAAGAAAGUGUAAAGCCAAAGAAGGUAACACCAGCCAGUAAAAUAAAGGACAGGAUCAUAAAACGUGCUGCCCUUGAGUUCAAAGAUGGAAUGUAUGCUAACUUGGGAAUCGGUAUACCGGUCCUCGCGUGCAAAUACAUUCCUAAGCAUGUAAAAGUGACCCUGCAAUCGGAAAACGGUAUUCUUGGUCUUGGGCCUUACCCAGAUGAAAAUGAAGUCGAUCCAGAUCUCAUCAACGCCGGCAAGGAAACAGUUACAGUGGUGCCGGGUGCAUCGUAUUUCGGCAGCGAAGAAAGCUUUGCCAUGAUUCGAGGGGGUCAUGUUGAUAUGACGAUGCUUGGGGCGAUGGAAGUGUCGCAAACUGGAGAUCUGGCGAAUUGGAUGAUUCCGGGGAAACUGGUGAAAGGUAUGGGGGGUGCUAUGGACUUAGCAGCAGCGCCAGGAACUAAGGUGGUGGUCACUAUGGCACACAAGUCCCGGAAUGGAAACCCGAAGAUAUUAAAAAGUUGCACGAUGCCGCUGACAGGACACCAAUGCGUGGAUCUGAUAAUCACUGACAUGGCAGUCUUUGAGGUGAUGAAGGGGGAGGGAUUGAAACUCAUCGAAGUCGCGCCUGGUGUCGAGAUGAGCGAAAUAGUUAGCUCCACGGGAUGCGAAUUCUCAGUGGCUGAUGAUGUCAGAGAAAUGAGGCAGGUGGACUCAGAGGAAUGCGAAUAACAACGGCAGCUUACUUAAAAACACUCGAGUUCACAAUUGUAAAAUUAUACAUACACACACACGCGCGCGGUCGAUUUUGCUAUAGGUUAAAUAAAAUCUACCAUAAAUAACUUAA